AUGGUUUCACAAUCGCUCUUGCGUUUCCUUGUUCUCUGUUAUUCUCUGCUUCUUCUCUUAGCUGAAGAUGAAAAGGAAUACCAAGGGAACAGCCCAAGAUCUUUUCAUUGUGGAGAACUCGGGGACAUCCAGUUCCCAUUUACCAACAAAACCAACCCGAAAUGUGGUUUACCCAUAAGGGGUUGUGAUGAUCAAAAUGCAGCUAAAGAAGUCCAGUUAGCAAACCAAACAUGGUAUGAAAUUGAAUCCAUCGAAGGGAACAAUUCUAUUUUUGUCACAGACCAUAAUCUUCGAGGGCUCUUGUCCUCCAGAAGUUGCAAUGCCUUCAGCUAUUAUCUUAAUGCUAUCCUUCCUCCGAACUCUCCUAUACUGCAUUUUCAGAUCGAAAUGGAACACAAUAUAAGCCUGUUAAGAUGCAAAAACACCUCUAGUAGAAGAAUCAAUCAAUACAUAAAAUAUACAAGCUGUAAUGGCUAUGAUAUCUACUACCCUACUCAAUCACCUGGUACGUAUACAAGCUCUGAGAAUGCAUGUUCAACCAUCCACCUUCCGAUUUUGCCUAUUGGAUACAAUUUCACAGACCUUUUCAAAUCGUUUGCUGCUGCAAUCCGCAUACUAAUAUUGUUAACGGAUGAAUGUCGUGAAUGCUAUGAAAAUGGAGGCCAAUGGCAACUUCAUAGAGGAUUAUUUCAUUGUGCCAGUUCCAAAGGUAUGCAACAUGAAAAUUCUGAAAGCACUUUGAUACAUGAAAGGUUUCAUGUUUGA